CCGAUCCGCCAUGGCGGCGCCGCCGCAGCCACCUCGCUUCCCCUCCGCCGCCGGUGUCGCGAGAGCCAUCUCUUCGAUGCAGGACACGCUCCUCGACGCGGCCUUCAAAGGCGACCUCCCCCUCCUCAAGAGGGUGGUGUGGGUGCUGGAUAACGGCAAGGGCCGCCCCAGGGAGGCGGUGGAGGCGGCGAGGGCCGAUGGCGGCAUGUCGGCGCUGCUGAUCGCCGCGGCCAACGAGCAGCUCGAGGUCUGCAGCUACCUGGCCGGGGUGCUGCGCGUGGAUGUCGAUGCUGCAGAUGAUAAGGGUAGAACACCACUUUUUUAUGCGGUGAUGAGUGAAAAGAUUGCUGUUGUCAAGUGUCUUCUUGAUCAUGGUGCUGAUCCAGACAAAGCUGAUGAGGCCGGGCUAACUCCUCUACAUGCUGCUGCUGGAAUAGGAAAUUGUGAAAUGAUAAAACUGUUGCUUGCAAAGGGAGCAUAUGUUGACCCGAUAGCUGAGGAGAUUGGGACACCACUGCAUCUUGCUACUAAGGAACAACAAGUCGGUGCUAUGAAGACUUUAUUGGAGCAUAAUGCAGAUUGCAACAAGACGUACAUGAGCUAUGGACUGUAUCCUAUGACACCCCUCUUUCAGGCUGUAAAUGUAUCAUCACUACAAUGCGUGAAGCUCUUGGUUGAGGCUGGUGCUGUUAUCAACCCAGAUUGUAUCGAAACUGUUUCAUUUGAUUCUGCAACGGGAAAUGACGGCUCAACAGAGUGCUUAAAUUUCUUACUGAAGGCUGGUGCCAAGCGUAAUGCCUCUAAUGAUGCUGCUGUCCGCGCCAGCGCCAGAGGACGAGUCGCUGGCACCGCCCAGCGAUCCGGCAGAGGACGAGGACGUGACCAGGGGCCGCGACAACAACAGGAGCAGCACGUUGCCCAUGGGGAAGAGGUCGAGGUCAAAGUCAAUCCUAAGGAUGAACAUGCGAUUAAAAGGGAAAUAGCAAAGUUGAAGUCAUCUGCGAUUAAAGCAAUCGAGAGUAAAGAUUAUUUUUCUGCAACAAUGUGGUACACUAAGGCAAUAGAGCAUGACCCUAAUGAUGCAACCUUGUUCUCAAACAGAAGCCUCUGCUUGCUUCGCAUGGGUGACGGACAGAGGGCUUUGCUGGACGCUCUUGAUUGCAGAGGAAUGCGGCCUGACUGGCCAAAGGCCUACUACCGGCAGGGUGCAGCUCUGAUGUCACUGAAGGACUACAUUAACGCGUGCGUGGCGCUUCUUGAUGGAUUCAAGUUGGACCCGGAGAAUGCCGAGAUGGAAUCUGCAUUACGGGAAGCUAUGGAAUAUUUGAAGAUAUCGAAAGGCGGCACCAAAGGCAACAUGACAUGAGCUUGAGCAUUGCGCUAGUGCUGAAGAUAGAUGCAUGCAGUCACCUCUCGUGAAAAAAAGACAUCCUCUUUUCAAGUCCUUUUUUUUCCUGCAAAGUUUCUUUCGUGCACUAGUGUGGAGCCACGCCCUCGGGAUGUUCAAGUAAUAACUCCCUUAGUCAAUGGAAGUGCAGUUUGUUAUCUUUACCGAGACCGGUCAUGUUGGUAGCAAUUGACUCAAAUUUUUUGCUUGCUCUUAUACGCUAUCGUUUGCACACGUAUAUAUGGAGGUAUGGAUCCUGGUGAUGGUCCUAGAAGCUGACAUUUCAUACUGAAACUAACACAACGAUCCUGGUGAAAGAAAUAGAAAUUACAGUUUUGUCU